UUGAAUAAAUCAAGUAUGCACGCGCUGGUGAACGCCUUCAUGCGUUGCCUCUCCUUCCUGCUGCCCCCCUCCUGGCUUUGUGUCAGCCUCUGCUUGUGGGCCAGUGAGUGCGAACAGACGCCGCCACGGCCCAAUCCCAGAGCUCGCAUCCGAGCCACAAAGCCUCUUACAUAUGAGGAAGUAGCUGCAGUUGCCGCGGCGGUACACGGUGGUGGUGGCGGUGCUGCCUCCUCCUCCUCCUCCCCGUCGGCCUCUCUCGCUCCAGGUUGCGUCUCGCCGGCUCCGCAGGCCGCUCGGAUCUGGUUCGGGCUCGUGUGGCAAGCCGUGGAGCGCGUCUUGGGAGCUCCGUGGGUCCUCCUCCGCGAGAGUAGCCGUCGAUCGACUGCCCGCCUCCUUGACACGAGCUCGGCUUCCGCAGCCGUCUUAAGCCACCCCGGGGAGAACAUGAGCGCUGCCGCGGGGAUCUCCAGUCCGAGCACCAGCCCAUGCUCCCCCGACUCGUCCGAAGAGGUCAUCACCGUGGACCACCAGCUUUCGCAAGAGAUGGGUACGGUCACCAUCACGGUCGCCAUCCAGGCGGCUGAGGACGAGGAACCGGAGGAAUUCUCGCCCGGUCAUGUCGACUUUAUCGGCGGCAGCUGCAGCGAGGAUGAAUUCGGCAGGCAUGACAAGUCAAGCGGUGCCGGGACCAGCGGUGGAGAGCUGGAGGAGGAGAGCUGGCAGCCCCCCGACCCGGAACUCAUCCAAAAACUGGUGACCCAGAUCGAGUACUACCUGUCGGAUGAAAACCUGGAGCAUGACGCCUUCUUGCUGAAGCAUGUGCGGCGGAAUAAGCUAGGCUUUGUCAGUGUCAAGUUGCUGACCUCCUUCAAAAAGGUGAAACACUUGACUCGCGAUUGGAGAACGACGGCUUUUGCGCUGAGGCAAUCCAACCUCCUGGAGCUUAACGACGAAGGCCGGAAGGUGCGGCGCAAGUCGGCCGUGCCGGUCUUUGCCAGCGAGUCGCUACCCAGCCGCAUGCUGCUGCUGAGCGAGCUGCAGCGCUGGCCCGAGCUGGCCCAACUCACGGAGAACGGGGCCGGCGAGAGCGGCGGCGCUCAGCAGGAGCAGCUGAUGAAGCUGCUGCUCAAAGCCUUCGGGACGUACGGCGCCAUCGCGUCGGUCCGUGUCCUCAAGCCGGGGAAGGACCUGCCGGCCGACCUGAAGAGGCUGAGCGGUCGCUACGCCCAGCUGGGAAGUGAGGAGUGCGCCAUCGUGGAGUUCGAGGAAGUGGAGGCGGCCGUCAAAGCCAACGAGGCCGUGGGCGGCGAGGACGGCGGGAGCGGCUCGUCAGGCUUGAAGGUGGUCCUGAUCGGCACCAAGCCCCCUAAGAAGAAAGUCCAGAAGGAGCGGCCCGGUGAAGAAGCGCCCCCCACGGGGAUGCGCAAAAGCCGCUCGCUCAACAGCCGAGUCCGAGAGCUGCAGUACCACGCGGACGACUCGGCCUGCAGCUCCUCGGACACGGAGAGCACCCCCACGUCGCCGCGGCCGGCCCGUAAGUCGCAGUCCUGCAACAAGCUCAGCCCCACGGCCGCAGGUGUUGCCUUCCAGAACAAUCACCUGUCACCCCGCAACAGUCCGUGGUCCAGCCCCCGCGCCAGUCCCUGCAUCCAGCGCAAAUCCGCCCACUCCCACAAAUCGCCCUUGGUGACCCAGGGGCGGCUAAGCCCUGAACCGGGGCGCCGCUGGGCCGACUACUCGUCCGACAGCAGCCUGACACCGUCGGGCAGCCCGUGGGUGCAGAGGCGCAAGCAGGUGGCCUCGCAGGAGAGCAGCCCCGUGGGGAGUCCCAUGCUGGCCCGCAAGAUCCAGAAUGCAGACGGGCUGCCACCGGGCGUCACCAGGCUCCCGCGGGGCCCCGACGGAACCCGCGGGUUCCACUGCGGGCCGCUGGCCGAGAGAGCCAAGAGUGCCGCCACCCAGACUUAACGUGUGAAAAGCAUCCAGCUCGUGCCAAACCUGAGCGCCCCCCCCCCCCCCUCGCCUCUUAUUUGACACUGUAGAUCUAUUUUUGUUGAAUGUCUCGUUCUAUUUUUAUACAAAAUCUUACGUUGACUUGGCGACAUUAUUUCUUCGCUAAUGGGAAUUUGAGUGGAUUUAAUUAAGUUGUCAUUGCUUCCACUAUGUUUACCUUAAAAAAAAAAAAAAAGUCAGAGGAGCUCUGUGGGUUUUGUGUUUUGGCCCCUGUUUUCUUUUUUAAAUCCAAGUGUUCUGUUUUAAUGUGUACAAACCUCACAUGGAAGAUGUAUUGACAUGUACGUGGAGAUCACAGUAUGCCUUUUUUCUCUUUUGGUCUAUCCGCUGCAUUUUCACAUACUGUUUGAACGGAAAGUCAACUCAAAAAAGUUUACAAUGUUCUUUUAGCCCCCACUAUUCUAACAAAAAUAAUCCUGAUUAAUACUGCGUUUGGGGAAUAUGUAUUUAACAGCAAAGACCACCUGUUUUAUCCAGCUCAGCGGGCGGCCAUUUUGCUACUCGUUGACAAUUGAAAAUGACAUCACAGUUACUCAGGUAACGACCAAUCAUGGCUGCGCUGGGUAGUGAUGUUUGCAUGUUGAGCUGUGAUUGGUCGUCAACUAAACCUUGUUCAUUUGUGAUGUCAUUUUCAGUAAGUGGCAAAAUGGCCGCCCUCCGAUGGAUACAAACGGGCGCAAUUUUGCUUUUUAAUUAAUAUUCCGCAAACGCGAUAUGCAUCGUCGGAAUGUUGUGAUUAGACUAGUGGGGCCGCAUAGAACAUUAUUGGGUUUUGUUUGUUUACUUCUCCUCCUAAAACCAAGAUCAUACUCUUAUCAUUGAGGCUGGACAGUACAUUUAUUUUAAUUUACACUUUUUUAAUUUAAUUUCAUAUCUGCUUUUGGCAACGGAAGGGUUUCCCUUACCCAUGUAUAUUUGUUUAGCAAGUUGCUGCUUUUAUUUAUUCUUUUUUUUUU